GUAGGGGCGUUUUCCACGGCCUGGAGAACUUCAUCAACGAGGCAAACUACAUGAGCAUGAUCGGCACAACUCCGGGUUGGGGCGGCAAGACGUUCAUAGUGCAGGGCUUCGGUAACGUGGGUCUGCACACGUGCCGCUACCUCGUGCGGGCCGGCGCCACCUGCAUCGGCGUCAUCGAGCACGACGGCGCCAUACACAACCCUGAGGGAAUCGACCCUAAGGUUAGUACUAAUCAAACUUUACAUCAACAUCAAAUACCGCACGAAAUAUACAAUAUACAACUUUUUUUAAAUAAAAGACAAUCUGCUAUGUUAUGACCUUUUUUCUGUGUU